UGUUGUCCAAAAAGCCGAGUCAUUGGAACUGCUCCGAAUAAUCGACUUGUAAACAGCUGAAAAAAGUUAUUUACUAAUUGUGGUUUAAGCUGAAAAGUUCGGUAUAGCAACAUUGGUCCUACUUUCUAAACAUCAUCCAAUCACUAAUUUAAAUGUUAUUUUUUUAAAACCAGUGUUUAUAGCUUUGCACUCGAACAGAAUUUCCAUGCGAUUCUAUUUUAUGAAAAAAGCAUACCUAUGCUUGGAAGUGAAAAACAAUAAAAAAGACAUUUUUACGUCACCAUUUCCAAUAGAGCAUGAUAUUGUGAUUCAACAGUUCACUAUUUUGGUCACGUAAAAUAUAUCUGUAUCAAGGAAAUAGAAUUAUAUUUUUUGGGGAUUGUAUUUUUCUUCCUUUUAAAGAAAAUGUUUCGAACAGUAAAUUCCUAUGAUGUAAAACUGAAAUUUUUAGAAUUUGAUGCCGAAUAUCCAAAGAAUGUAAGCGUUAAAAAGGCGAACGACAAAGAAGAAGUGAGCAAAAUGGAGGCCACCACACGACUUUAUCGAUCCCGUUUUCUAAUGCUAGCUCUAUUCGUUUGUUACUCUAUGUCCAAUGCUUUCCAAUGGAUUCAAUACUCUAUCAUUAGUAACAUACUAACAGAAUAUUAUGGAGUGUCUGAAUUAGCUAUUAGUUGGACAUCCAUGAUCUACAUGGCACUAUAUAUCCCACUCAUCCUUCCCGCCAACUGGAUCGUGGAGAGAAAAGGUCUCCGUUUUGCUAUUCUCAUUGGCUCAUUUGGUACCUGCUUAGGUUCAUGGGUAAAAGUUGCGAGUAUUUCAUCAGAUUAUUUUGCGAUAUCCUUAACGGGACAAAGUAUAGUCGCUGCCUCACAAGUUUUUAUAAUUGGUCUACCCCCACAUUUAGCAGGAGUUUGGUUUAGCGCAGGGGAAGUGUCUCGAGCAUGCGCAGUUGGAGUUUUUGGAAAUCAAUUAGGAAUUGCUCUUGGUUUUGUGCUUCCACCUCUAAUUGUUCCAAAUUCUCCAAACAAAGAAGAUAUAAGCAGAGGUCUUAGUAUUCUAUUCUAUUCAGUUGCUGGGAUUACAAGUGUUCUCUUCUUAGCCAUUGUCUUCCUCUUCAGAGAAAAGCCUCCUCUUCCACCAAGUAGAGCACAAGAACAAAUAUUGAAUGGAGACUCGCGGGAAAAUUAUUGGCAUUCUAUUUUGAAUCUUAUCAAGAAUUUUCAUUAUAUGAUGUUGCUAGUUACAUAUGGAAUAAAUGUUGGAGUAUUUUAUGCUAUAUCCACGUUCCUAAAUCAAAUGGUGCUUGCAUAUUAUGACGGAGCCGAGGAAAGCGCUGGAUGGAUGGGACUUACCAUUGUUAUCUCUGGUAUGUUCGGAUCUGUUGCUUGUGGAUUCGUUCUUGACAAAACUCAUCGAUUCAAAGAAACAACACUUUGCGUGUAUAUCCUGUCUUUAAGUGGAAUGAUAGCUUUUGCCUUGGUGUUACAAUUUGGAAACCUGGUGUCAUUAUUCAUUGUGUCAGCUUGUUUAGGGUUUUUCAUGACUGGUUACUUGCCUUUGGGAUUUGAAUUCGCUGCAGAAAUCACAUACCCAGAAGCUGAAGCUAAUUCAUCUGGUUUACUAAAUGCAUCUGCUCAGGUAUUCGGGAUAUCUUUUACUUCACUAACUGGUUUUCUUCUGAAUUCUUACGGAGAUAAGGAAUCGAAUAUAUUUCUCUCUGUUUCGCUGCUGGUUGGCUGCAUCGUAACAGCCUUCAUAAAAUCAGAUCUUCGUCGCUAUAAAGCAUCCCAACUACCAGUGGCAUCAGGCCCUUGUGAUAAACUGAACCCCUGUUAAUUCUGAUGGGGAAAGAUGAAUUAUUGUAGAAUAUAAUGUAUCGUAGUUGGAAAAACUCGUGAAUCUCUGCAACCACAGUGAACGCCAUAAGUUAUCAUUGACUUUGUUAUGCAUACUGCUCAAAUUAUUUAUAGUCAUUUCACUCGAUGUUAUUCGUAAGAAACUGUUCUUCCAUUGAUUGUUCUUCCAAGAAACAAAUUUGAAAAAUAUAUUCUUAUGAACAAAUAUAUAUAAUUUUUUUAUUGUUGAGAAAUAUCAAAUUUUCUAGCUAUUUCAAAUUUGUUAAAGUGCAAUGUAUAUGCAUACUUUUGUUAUGUGAAUUUUCAAGUUGCCAAAGUGCUUGUGCUACAUUGUUUGUUGUGUAUAUGUAUGCGUGGGUGUAUUAUAUUGAAUAUAAAAUUUGAGAGCAGCUUAAUUACUGAGAUGUUCUGCUUUAUAACAAACAUUGAAUGUUUUGUUACGGUGAAUUGUUGUUACAGUGUUUGGAAAUACUUAGUCCUAAAUAAACCUUCCGGCACUAUUUUUAAGAUGUAUCCAUCCGCAUUACAUUAUAUCCCAGUUAAUCACCAGUCAAUAAAACUCGGCAUUGUUUGUAGAUUGCAAAAAAUAAUUAUCAUUAGAAAAAUCCCAGAUUUGGUCAAUGAUAGUGCAAACAAUGCCGAAAGGAAGUGUUAAAUCAAAUUUUUAAUAAUUGUGGAAUCAAAUUUUUCAGACUUUAUAAACUACGAUAUUGUGCAAAACUAUAUAAAUAUGUCUACUUCUGUUUCAUGUUUACAUGUAUAGGGUGUUUCAAAAAUAUCUGACUCUUAUGUGAAAACAAGUAGGGACGACUAUAAAAUAACUUUGCCGACAUAUGACCAUCUGUAGAGCAUACCGUCUGAGUGAAUGGAAUUAAAUUUUGUACAUAGUUGAGAUUUAUACCCUCAACAAUGUUAAAAACGACUGUGCAGCUCUCACUGUUCCAGUUACAGCGACGAAAUUUUGAAAUGGCAACACCCACUUUUUGGAUUGAAACUUAAUCCUUACCGUAAAAAAAAAACUUAAAAUGGAGUUGGGACGGUAUUUUCAGGACGAGAAAUUGCGAUACUGGGACUUUGCCAAUCAUCAGCAUUACGAGAAGAGAGUGAGACAAAAACCUCUAAAAACCGAGAAAAAAUUGCAAAGAAAGCAUUUUUAUGCCUUAAAAUUCUUGGACAAGUCUGCCCUCACAUUUUCGACUUGUCCAUUGUUCCUUCUCUGUGUCUUUAAAGGAUUUUAUCACACUUUUUUCUUAUUAGUGGUCACGAAAAAUGGUGAUGCUUGGCAAAGACCUAGAAUCGCUACCUCUUGCACCAAAUAUACCGUUUCAAAUCCACUUUAGGUUUUCUAUUGUAAGUAUUACGUUUCAAUCAAACAGGUGUGUGUUGCCAUUUGAAAAUUGUUAACUUUUGUCACUGUAACCGUGAAGAAUGCGCAAUCGUUUUUAACACCAUUCUUGAAAACAUAAAUCAUAAUUAUGUAAAAGAUUUUAAUACAUUCACUCAAACUGUAUGCUCCCCAGAGGACCAUCUGUCGACGGUUAUUUUAUAAUCACACUGAAGAUAACUCAUUUUCCCAAUAGAAUUCGGACUCUCUAACUUAAAAGAUAACCGCUAAUGAGGAUUUCCUUGUCACUAAAUCAUGUCUACUCUCAGUAAAAAUCUGUUCAAUAUUGAACCAUAAUAUGGUUCAAAAUUAUUACUAUGAUAAGUCGCUAAAUUGAGUUAUGUUUCCGUUCACUAUAAUUUAGUUCAACUAAUAAGGUUUCAAAAAACUUAAAGAAAUAUCGGUUUAAUAUGUUUAACAACAUCGAAGAAAAUACCCGAUGAACUCUGAUAUUUUCUUUUUCACUGUUACUUCUAUCAACUGGGAAAAUGACUUCUCUUUUGCGUACCUUCUCAAUUUUGCAAAAUAUUUUUGAAAUCCUCUGCACACUUCAUAAGUGCUUUCAUGAAAUAAAUGUAUGUAAUUAUAUAUGUUUCUUUUGGUGAGUUAUAUUUGUUAUUGCUGUUCGUUGUUUUAAAUUCAGUUAAAUGAAAUGAAAUUUAUCCCUACAAGCACAGUAGGAAUUCUAAAAUUAUUAUUGAGAACAAUUGCAGCUAUUUUUACACUUUCCAAUUCUGCUAAAAAAUGGUAUCUAGAGCUAUAUGUAUUGACCAUUUUAGUAAAAUAUAUAUGUAGAUAAAAUAUUUGUAUAGUUCGAUGUAAAAUAACAAAAAAAUGUUUUUAUGAUAAACAAAUAGUCAUUUAUAUAAAAUCAAAGUUUUAUAAAUUGCCUAAUUAAAAAAAUGAUCUAUUUUAUCUUAUUUGUUAAUAUAUUUUUAAUGAUUAUAUGUUUGGAUACAAUAAAUUUAAACAAUAUACAGAUUUUUAUGGCUCAUCUGAUCAUAGAAAUAUUACAUAUGAAAAAAUGUAUGUUGCACUAAUCCAUUUAGCCAACAACUCACAUUCGAUAAAAUUCAAGUACAUGGGAUAUUCAAGCAACUAAUCCCUCACUGAAGAUAAUUUAAGAAACAAAUCUCUGAUUGCGUGAUAAAAAAAAUUAAGUGAUCAUUAGUGACGGAGUAAGACACCUUAAUUUCUUUGUGUGUCAUCAUCUUGGUGAUCCAGUGAAAUUUCUAGUCUCCUGGUUUAAAAAUAAUCAAACCUAUCUUUUGAAAUAUGUUAAAGGACUUUAUUUACCAUAUCUGCUACAAUAAUUUUAGGUGAUAAAUAGCCUUAUUUUACUUAGAAAAAAAGCAGACUAUUCAUAUGUAGAUUGAAAUCAAAUCUAUUAUAUAAUUAUAGGCUAUGGAACUCCUGAAAAAUUACAAAAAAUGCGUGGGUGUGAACUCUAUUCUUGAUGUUUAUUAGUAGCAUUGAUUCUUCUAUGAGUAGUGCUUUUUUGAAAAAAAUAUCAAAGCUUCAUAAAUUAUUUAAUAAUCAUUUUCUUUACAAUAUUUUUCUUGAGAACUACACUUUUUGUGUCUGUACCUCCAAAUAAACUGAACAAUUUCAUAAUCUUUCAACAAAACUAAUUUAAAACAUCAAUGAAGUACAAAAACUUAUGCAAGUUUCUAUGCUUGAAAAAUAAAUCAACAAGAAAUCAAAACUCAUGUCAAAUAUUAACUUAAAGAAGCAAGAUCAAGAAUGUAGAAAAGAAUUGCCUUGAUCUAUUCUAGAACAAUAUUAAUUUAAAAAAAUAUUUUGUCUUGUUAAUCACUAUAUUAAUAGAGUUAAUAUAAAAUGCUUUGCAUUUGCUUGUUUUUCUAUGACAGCUUCUAUUUGUUAAGUGAUAGCAAAUACUCCUUAUGUAAAUAUUGUUAUAUGUUUAAGAAUGUUUAUAAUUGUAAAACUCUGUUAACAAAUCGUUACAUCAAUUAAACUAUUGAAAGGAAACAAUUAUAUCUAAAUAAAUGUUCGUCUAAAAAUGAAAUCUAUAGGCACUGUGUUUAAUUAUUGUUAAUUUCGUAGCUUAUGUUUUUAAAGCUAUUUAAAAAAUAACUUAUAUUAUGCAUUUAAAAGCGAGGCAUUUAUAUAAGAGCUUAGACUUGUGUGUAAAAUAUGUGAGAUUAAAUUUUGGUAUAACGAUUGUUCAGUUGGUUGUAGUUUCUAAGUAGCUGCAUAGUGAAUUGGCAGCUUUCUUACACAGUGUUUGAAUUCGUAAAUUUUCAUUAUUCAAAAAUGUUUCAUUUAGGUUUUUCUGCUUGUGUAUUUUUAUGUAUUUUGUUUAUGUGUUUCUUUAACCUACUUAUUUUGCAUAAUUAUGCUAUUUGGUUGCUAUAUGUAAAUUGUGAGAAACUAAGGGACUAAAUACUUGGUUAACACUCAAACAUGAUUUUUUUAAUAAGAAAUCUAAGCAAAAUGCAUAGUUGUAAUAUUUUCAUGGGCUUCUAACAUCUUUAACUAGUUUACUUUAACGGUUAAUUCUUAUAACAACAACUUUCUCUAAAGCAUAUUCAAAAUGAUCAUUUCGAGAAAAAUGCGAAUCAAGAGGUUGUUUUUUUUCUGCAAAAAUUAUCAAAAUAACAAGUGUACUUUUAGUCAGGGUCUCGUUUACACAUUCCAUUUGUUACUAGCUAACUAAUUUGUUACUAACUCUAAAAACUAUCGUUAAAUUGUCACUUUCUGCCCAUUAGUUUGCACUUCUAAACAUUCCUUUUAAAAGCAAAAUUCAUAUUCGCACGUAUAUCUAAUUUCAUAAAGGACAUCGCCAGCAUAGAAUAUCACUCUAAGAAAAAAUCUAAUAUGAUGAGCGAUUACGAAUUUAAAUUUAUUCUACUACAAAUUCAUUAUUAUUUUGCAAAAACAGUAUUCUUGAAAACCUAUUAAGUCAUGGAUCCUGGGAAUUAUUGGUUUAACGUUAAACUACAUAAUAUGACGCUAGUUCUACCUAGGUUCAAGUUUUUGCAACUAAGUGCUAUAGAAUAUGCUAGUAGCUUAAAUCCGUGACGAAUCCUAAGCUUUAAUUAAUGCGUUAGUUUGCAUUUUUUGAGAAAAGUUAUUUUUUUCCUAAUGGUAAUGAAAUAAUUGUAAACAAGUAAAAUUUUGAUUCAAAAAUUUCGUUGGCGCUUAGAAUUUGAAUCAAAUUACCAUCUUUAGGUUUAAUAAAAUUAUUUAUGUAUGUUACCGUUAAAGUGUGCAAUCCGUUAUCUCAUAGAAUAACUAGAUAUUUCAUAAGAUAACUAGACAAGUCAGUUCUAGGUAUUCUUAAAAAUAACGAUUACUUGAUCGUAAAGUAAGAAAUACGGCACUCGAAAGUUCUUUGAACCUGUUCUAGCUGCUUCUAAUCUGUUUUGAACCGCUUAUAGCUGUUUUGCAAUGACUUGUGAGUACGCUUCAUUCCAUUGCUUUUAGACGUAGAAUUUAGACGGUGUCAUUUUAAAUUGUAUAUUUAUAAAUUAUAUAUUUAUAUUAAGUUAUCCUCUUUUUCUUAUUAUUUAUCAAUUAAUCAUCCGCAAUAGGAAUAAAAUGUAUUUUUUGAGAGAAUUUAACUAUUUAUGGUCCAUUAAUUUAUAAAAUAACUUGGAAAAUUUUUUUAUUUUUCACUUAGUCUAUCGUUAGUUAUUCAUAAAACAACUGGGUAAAGUAUGAAAUCUUUCAUCCAUUCUGCACUUUAUCUGACUUGUCUAGUUAUUUUAUGAAAUACCUUGUGAUUCUAUGAAAUAACUGAAUUUAUACACUUAAAAUUAAAAAAUUGAAAAUCAAAUUUAUUAUACAAAGAAUGAAAUAUUAAAUCAAUAAAAAUAAAAAUUUCUGGAAAAAAAAUUCAACAAUUGUCAGCUACGCUACUAGUGACUGAAAAAAAUAGCACUGAAUCCACUAUCCCUUCAGUUUUGGUCCAAUUAAAUUAAAAGUUAAAAUAAUUCACAUCAUAAAUAAAUAUAUGCCUAAGGCUGUGUGUAUUAAACACCGUAAAACACACACUAAUCGCUGUAAACCUAUCAUACUUCACCCUAUCAUGACCAAGCCCCUAGCCUCUAUCCUUUAACGGUCAUGUUAGGAAUGCAAUGCUACGUAUUUCGUCCUCGGUCAGAUGACGUAGACAGUGUUUGAGCUGGUACCUCUCUCUCCAAAUUCCCACACUUCAAUUAAUGAGAGGACUUUCAGCCGCCACAAAUUUAACGAACACUUUGAGGCGUAUACUGCAUUACAAAUGAAAAAAACGUAAGUGCCUCAAAGUAGAUUUCGAGAAAAGUGGCUUGAGAACUAUUUUAUUUCAAGUGUUAAUACUAAGAACGCUGAAAUAGAAUUUCAAAUAACUGAUAAAACAAAAUUUUCGAAAAAAAAUUGUUUUUCAAUAAGUGGCUUACCAUACAGAAAUGCCAAAUAUAUAAAAAUCUCAAUCAUGAACUUUUGUCUCUUACGUUGAUUUUUCUUUUGCACGGCAGUACACAAGGCCGUUGAUUUGUCGGUUAUCAGGAUCGAACUCGCGACACCCAGAUCACGAUUAGCUGUGUGUUUGACGUUUUUGAACAUCUGCGCCAUCGGAGCGCGGGAAAACCCAUAAUUUCAAAUUCAGAAAAUAUUUAAUCACUCCAGGCUUAAAAAAUUAAGCACAGGCUUCCCACAGAAGAACACAGAAAUUAAAAUCUAUUUAAAUAUAAAAUGUCAAGUAAAUAUGAAUUAUUCAUCUAAUGAAAAAUUUGCCUGUUUUUGUAAACAUAAGAUUUUUAAUUUUUCAUUAAAAUAUACAUGGUUUAAAUUUCGAUUAAUCUUCAUCACUACGUUAUACAAAACUGAAACAGAUUUAUGUUUGAAUGGUUGAAAAGUAAAAUCGUUAUAAUAAUUAAAAGUGCAAAUUAAUUUCGAUAUAUGAAAAUUAUGUUGGGGUACAUAGAAAAUACUUCCUAAAGUACAUUUUUAUAUUUAACUUGCUUUUAUUUAUCCUUUCUGAGCUUCACAGGGUUUGAUGCUGUAGCUUUUCACAUGCAGCUCAUUUGUGAGUUUGCUAAAAUCAGAUCUUAG